GUGUCAUAGCAACCGGUCGUUCCGGUCACUUGGCUUUUAUAUAUAUAGAUACUGCAGUGUCUGCUUUCUCUUUUAGAAGUUGGCUUUGGGAAGGUAGGGGCUGCAGCCUUGCUUCUGAGAACAAUGCUUAGCACAUGACAGUGCAGUAAAUACAUGUUAAAUUAUUGAAUGAAUGAAAGAACAAACAAAUGAAUGAGUACUGCUCAGCAACCAUCACUAUUACUUACUAAACAGACCAUUCCACCAAGAACUUGAAACUACAUAAAAGGAAAAGGAAGCCAGAAUCUAUUUCCUCUUUUAAGCCUCUUAAAAAAAAAAACACCUUUGACUUUUUUGUGCUUUAAUUUAGUGUCUCUAAAAACAUGUGAUAAAAAUUGUUUGGGCAAGAAAGAUGACAUAAUAAACCAUGGACAAGGAACAGAUAACCUAGUUCAAUCAAAUUUCCAAAAAGAUCUAAUGUAGCUCAAAAUGAUUUCUCCAGAUUCACUUUUAAAGACUCAUUCGGUUUGACUUACUCAGAAAUCACUCAAAAUAUCAGAUUCAUAAGAACUGAGGUUGGGAAUAGAAAGGAACAGGCAUUACUUGAGUGGGGAUCAGACCAACGAGUAUGGCAGGAGCGUGGCAGGGAGCCAGAGGGUGUGGAGGGUACGAGAUGUACCAAGAAGUUUACUCAGAGAGCUUCCAAUAAGGGAGGAAAAGGAAAAACAGUCAGAGACCCCACCUGCUUUGAACCACUGCCAGGGGCUCUGAUAGCUGUAACUGCCAAGCACAUCACUCAAACUCACGCCCACUAUAAGCUUCUUUGCCUCCAGGGCCCAAGUUCCUUUAAGAUUUCAUGAGUGGCUCCAUUCACUCACCUGCGAGCACCUUGCACAAUUCCUGCCCUACCCUGCCCUCCAGUCCGCCAAUCCUCAGUGAAUUUUUUUCCCUUUUCACAGUUAAUGAAGCCUCAAUCCCUACAAAAUUGAGCUUCCCCAUCAAAGUGACUUACAGCAAAUGUGUUUUGAAGCAAUUCUUUACUUGCAUAAUUUCCCUAAUAAAACGCAUUCACGGAACCACUGUUAAACUCAGAAGAGGGUGCUCUGCAUGAGGAUUCCAAUUUCCUCUUCUGAUCAGAGCUGUGCUCUCAUUCAGGGGAUCGCUGGUUGCCUGACCAGUCACACGCGCAACCAUGACGCCUAAACAUUGCCUUCUAGGCUUCCUCGUCACUCUCUUCCUGACUGGUGCUGCAGAAACUCAUCCAGCCCAUGAGUCUCUGAAGCCUCAGAGAGUACAUUUUCAGUCCCGGAACUUUCACAACGUUUUGCACUGGCAGCCUGGGAGGGCUUCUGCCAGCAGCAGCAGUAUCUACUUUGUACAAUAUAAAAUCUAUGGACAGAGACAAUGGAAAAAUAAAGAGGACUGUUGGGGUAUUCCGGAAUUAUUUUGUGACCUUACCAAUGAAACUUCAGAUGUUCAGGAGGCUUAUUACGGAAGGGUGAAGACGGCUGUGGCUGGGACCCACUCGGCCUGGACCAUGACACGGCGGUUCACUCCCUGGUGGGAAACAAAAAUAGGUCCUCCAAGCAUGAAUAUAACCCAAGUCAAUGGAUCCUUGUUGGUGAUUCUCCAUCCUCCAAAGAUACCAUAUAGAAACCAAAAAGGAAAAAAUGUAUCAAUGGAAAAUUACUAUGAGCUAGUAUACCGAGUCUUUAUAAUUAAAAACUCACUAGAAAAGUCACUCAGCUUGUCUCCACUUGAUCUUCCCUGCACAUCUAAAGAUUGGAACGAAAGGUAUAUGAAGGAACUCACAGAGUGGUUGAAAUUGGAGCUGUAACACCUCACACUGGUUACUGUGUAGUGGCUGAAAUAUAUCAGCCCAUGCUAGACAGAAGAAGUCAGAGAAGUGAAGAGAGAUGUGUGAAAUGUCCUUGAAGUGGUGUGGUGUGCUCUGCAACAUGGAAAUCAAAAGCUCUCUGGGAAUGGGAUGGCUCGUGCUUGAAGUAUCUCAUUGAAAAUUGUUUUUAUUCUUCUUAAAGCAAUGUCACACUUUUGGGA